AUACAAGGCCUGCUUACGUGUAUAAAAAACCCAGUAAACCUUCUUAAAUCCCCAAUUCUUCAGGCUCUCCGCCAUUUCCUUUCCGAAGCUCGGCUCUCGCUCUCUCGUCCUCGUCGCAUUCCGCCAUGGCUGCCUCCCUUCAGAGCUUUUCCACCCUCCGAAACCCUAACCCUAGCCCCUAUCGCUGUCGCAGCAGGGUGCCGCAGGCUUUCUGCCGCCUUUCUUUCCCUUCCUUCUUGCAGCUCGAAGCCGUUCCUUCCUGCGGCUUGGAUCUGGCUCAAUCCUCCCUCUCGAAGAGAAGCCCCGGGUUUCGUCUCAUCGAGGUGGAACGACGGGUCUUGAGGCCCGUCCCCUUCGCGGCUUCGAAUGAGGAAUCGAAACAGUCAGAAAUUGAAGUGGAGAAGGAGACAGAUAAUGUUGAAAUAAAAGCAGACGAUUCACAGGAAGCAUUGAAACAGUCACUAGAAUAUGUUAAAGCAGAAGCCAUGAAAGUGAAAGACAUGUCCCAAGAAGCAUAUGAAGUGUACUCGAAGAAAGCGGCGGAGAUAUUGCUGGAGGCAUCUGAGAAGCUAAAGAUUCAGGCAGGGAAAGCACAGAAUGAUUUGAGUGUAAUAGCAAAAGAACUCGGUGAAGAAGGAAAAGAAUAUCUUAAUACAACAGCAAAGAAUUAUCCUGAUUCAGUCAAGGAUAUUCUGGAAACUUUCACAUCAUAUAGUGAAUUGAAGAAAAUAUCUGAAGUCCGAGAUUACCAUAUUGGCAUUCCUUAUGGAACUUCUCUUUCCAUUGGAGGCUUUCUUCUUUUCAUGUUGACUGGAAGCAUUCCUGCUAUUCGGUUUGGUAUCAUUCUUGGUGCUGCACUUUUGGCUCUAAGUGUCUCAAGUUUGAGAUCAUGGAAGCGUGGACAACCAUCUGCAUUAAAUUUGACAGGACAAGCUGCAAUUGCAUCGAUUAUCAGCAUAAGGGAGUUGUGGUGUUUCUGUCAGAUGCGAUCUUUUUUAACUCUUUUAGUGGUCAUCAUCAGUGGAGGAGUGGUAGCUUUCUAUGUUUACUUGAUCUUAAGGGACACUCGCAAUAAAGGUCCAGCCGUGGAACAGACCUCAGAGAAUUAAUGGUCUGGUCGAGGAAUAAAUGAACUUUUCAGAGUUCAGCAGCAGAGUGAGUACUGUUCUCACCAUCCUUUGUCCUCACUCUUCACAAUGGUUCUAAUUUGUUGAUGCUUUCACCGGUCAGCAGAAGAAGCUGGAUUUUGGUGGUCUGUAGAAUGUGCUGUGAGAGGAUUUACUUGAAUUGAAAAGGAUUUUUCUCCUUUUCUUCUUGGUGCGUAAUGUAAUUCUAGUAGUUCUAGAGAUUCCACUAGAAAUGGCUGAUAUAGUACUUAUUGUGUGUCUAAAUUCUCAUUUAUUAUUGUAUGGUCUAUCAUGUGUCCGUAUUCUCAAUCUUUUUGUUAUCAGGACUCGAGAGCCCCAUUUCUGGAAUGUUUUUCUUGGGAAAUAUGAUUGGGUUGCCUUA